GGUUCAACAUUACUUCUUGCAAUCCAUCUAUUAUACCAACUACAAGUAGUGUCACCUAUAUUGGGGCUUUUAAUGGAACAUUUAGAUCAGAUUUCCAAAUGAACAAUGCCUCUACUAUAAGGCUUGAUAUUUAUUAUACGUCUACUGAGGAUUCAAAUAGUAGUCUCAAUACACCCUUGAUGAUGAGCGCCAUAGAUCCAG